AUGACGGCGAGAAUAGUGUUCCGUAUCUCAGUUGUGGCUCUCCUGGUCUACAGCGCAGUAACUCAAAAAUGUCCUGCAAGUGGAAGAUCCGAGAGCUCCAUCAUUGGCUGGAUGUUACGGGGACACGUAUACGACACUCUUCUGGCGGAACUUCCGUUUGCAUGCGUAUUCAAGUGUCGAGAAGACAAUCGAUGCCAAAGUUUUAACUGGGUGAUCUCUCUUCUCACUUGCGAGUUUAACAACAGGACAAAGGAAGCCAGGCCAGAGGACUUCAUUCCAAACCCAGACAGAUCUUACUAUCCACGCGAUUUAAAGCGAGGUGAGCCAGCAUACCCAGAGGGGGGGCCUCCCCAUAAUGUCCUAUACAGGGAGGGUCCUACUGGAACGGGACGAAGUUUCAUUUCGUCUGAACUUCCCUUGAACAUUUAGGCUCAAAUCUGUAUUUUGGAGUAAAUUGAAGACCGAUGCUCAGAUGUCAAUAACAACAAAGGUGGAAGUUCCACGGCGCGCCGGAAAAGGCUUUAGCUAACAAAAAUAUCCGGGAACUUUUUAAGUCGACAUGACGUAUACUUCAAAAUUGACGUGAUCAUGGUAACCGAGUUUUGAAAGCCGUGUUUUCCAAAAUUGGUUUUUUCUCUAAAAAAAGGUUUAAUUUCUGUUUGUACUAAUUGUAUUUUUAUAUUACACUUAAUUUAGCAUUAUUAACAUAUUAUUAGUCACAUUUUAUUGACAACUUCCACGCACAUCCUCUCGUAGCAUAUAGUAAUGCCAACAAUAGGAUUUGCUGGGUUCGAUUCUUGGAAGAGCUGCUUCCUCUCCUUCAAUUACUUGGCUUCAUCUAUAAAGAUGAUUCUUCCUAGUGGUCAGGGUUUCCAUAAAGAAAAAACAUUUCAAAAUUCCAUUAAAAAAGAUGUUUGUCGGUUUCAAAAAUGUUUAGCCAACCGGGCCUUGAAAGAGGCCAGUGAUGGCAACUCAUGAUCAACCAUGUCUUGCGGCAGGCUGUUCUGAUUCUUUUAUAGUUCUUGGAAAGAAUGAGAAUUUGUGGUAGUUUGUAGAGGACGAACUAAACAACUUUAUAUGCCAAAUUAUGUGACGACUUGUGCGCACUUGAGAUUCUGGAACGAGAUACUGGUACUUAAUAUCUAUUUCAGCAAGACCAUUAUUAAGCAUGUACAUCAUAACCAAUCUAUUCCUGUUCCUCCUUAAGUUCAAGGAAUCUCACCCUAGAUUAUUGAGCAUAUCCGUGACACUUGCUGUGCGAUCAUAACAGUUUGUCACGAAGCAGGAAGAUCGUCGUUGCACCAUUUCUAUUUUCAAUUGUCAAUGUUUAGCUUUGUAUAAGGGCCCCAUACUGAAGAGUAUUCCAAUAUUGGACGAACUAGACUUUUAUGCGCGAUUGAUUUCAGGGUAGGAGAGUUUACUUGCAGGUUUCUUGCUUUUUUUUUUCUUUUUUUUCUUUCUUUCUUUUUUUUUCUUCUCUUGUUAUUGUAGUUUUGUUUUGUUUACUAAUUUAAAAAAUCUAUUGUAGAUUUUAUAUUGGUCUAUUUUCUUUUAAUACUGGCCUUUUUCACUUUCCUUUUUCUUCUUACCGUUAGCCCCAAGUGCCCCAAGCUUACAUACUGAUAAUAAAAUUAAUGAUGGAGAACUGUUUCUGACCUUUCAGUUCCCCUUGGUUCGAUUCAAGAAUUGCCAGCUGAGACUUGUGACGAAAUUAAGAGGAGUGAAGGACAGGCUGUUAGCGGGAAAUACUGGUUUUCGACCAUAAAAUCUGGUACAUCUGUUCUGGCUUAUUGCAAUAUGAAGACCAACGGUGAGUUUGAUCAGUUAUGUCAGUUAGGACAGACCAUUGGCAAACCUAUCGGGGGGCGGGCGAAGUACUAAAAAAUUAUUCGCGCAAGAGAAAAUUAAAUGAAAAAAAUUCAUGCACGCCAAUUAACCCUAAAAAAUAUUCAUGCUAUGGCCUAAAAAAAAUUCAUACGAAGACUUUGAUAACGAAAAAAAAUUCCUGUGGCACCAAAAUACUUAUUAACCUAAUUUGAAGGAAAGUUAAUUUACUGUAGCUGUACCAUCAGGGAUGGGGCAGCUCCCGGAGACGUGUGAUCAUUUAAGAUGGCGGCUAAUCUGAACGAGAUCGGCAAUCCGUCGAAUCGGACCGUGUUAAGUUCCUCAGGUAUUGGACAAUAUCGGGAUGUUGUGUACUACGCUUCUUUAAAGGGGCUGCGUGAAAAAACGCAACGUUUGAAGCCAGUUAUUUAACGAAAAGUGAUGUUUAAAUUACAAAUUACUCAGCACCAUCCUCAGUUGAAUGCCAUUUGAAAACUUACGGGGGAGGGGGGGGCGAAGUAAAAAAAAAAUAUAUUCGCGCAAUAGAAAAUAAAUUAAAAUAAAAAAAUCAUGCACGCCAAUUAACCCUAAAAAGUAUUCAUGCUAUGCCCUAAAGAAAAAUUCAUACGAGGAAUUCAUAACGAAAAGGAUUCUUGCGGCACCACCAUUCCUUACCCACCCCCCCCCCGACCCCCCAUAACUUAUAUGUAAUUGGCGACUGAUUAAGCUUGUAAAUUUUUUCGAUGUCAUCACGCCGCACACGCCGCAUCGCUAACUAAAUUUAACCGGGAGAUGUAAACUUAUCAGGCACACAAAAAAACUUGAAAAAGAAAUUUCAAGCAAAAACUCAUAUGUUAGAUAGGAAUGAGAACUCUUUGUGUCACAUGUUAGGGGUUAAUGCCGUUCAUUAAUGUUUGUUUGUCCAGACAUUGACGAAUGCAGUGCUUCUUCUCCUGUAUGUGAUAUUAACGCAAACUGCUCCAAUACUCGUGGAUCUCAUUACUGCACUUGCAAGGCUGGAUUUACAGGCGAUGGAAAAACUUGCCAAGGUAAAUAAGAUAAUUAAGCUAACUUGAACAGUUUCGUUCAGUUUAGUUCAGUUUAUUUCCCGUUACAGACUUUACACGGGUUACAGGAAAAUGUUGCCAUAGAAUUCAGAGAAUUAAUAUGAAAGCUUGAGUAUUAUGGCCAAGUGAUACCAAUUAUGUUUAAAAUAAAUACAGGCGAUGAACCAGAAAGAGCAAAAUUAAAUAAAAAAAUAAAUAAAUAAAUAAACAAGAGCGUAAUACUAGAAGAGAUGUAAGAAACAGUGUUUUGAAAGAAGUGAGUUUAGGCAGAAUUAGGUAGUGCUAGAACUGGAUAUUUCCAUUCCAAUAAGAAAGUGUUUUUUAAUUAAAGUUGUUUUUCUUAGACAUUGACGAAUGCAAUGCUUCUUAUUCUGUAUGUGACAUCAACGCUAACUGUUCCAAUACUCGUGGAUCGUAUGACUGCACCUGUAAGGCAGGAUUUACAGGCGAUGGAAAAACUUGCCAAGGUAGGAGAAAAUCCUUAUUAAGCUAAUUUGAAGGAAAGUUAGUUUACUGCAGCUGUACCAUCAGAUAUGGGGCAGCUCCUAGAGACGUGUGAUCAUUUAAGAUGGCGGCUAAUCUGAACGAGAUCGGCAAUCCGUCGAAUCGGACCGUGUUAAGUUCCUCAGGUAUUAGACAAUAUCGGGAUGUUGUGUACUACGCUUCUUUAAAGGGGCUGCGUGAAAAAACGCAACGUUUGAAGCCAGUUAUUUAACGAAAAGUGAUGUUUAAAUUACUCAGCACCAUCCUCAGUUGAAUGCCAUUUGAAAACUUACGGGGGAGGGGGGGAAGAAAAAAAAAAAUAUAUUCGCGCAAUAGAAAAUAAAAUGAAAGAAAAAAAUCAUGCACGCCAAUUAACCCUAAAAAGUAUUCAUGCUAUGCCCUAAAGAAAAAUUCAUACGAGGAAUUCAUAACGAAAAGGAUUCUUGCGGCACCACCAUUCCUUACCCACCCCCGCCCCCCGCCCCCGACCCCCCAUAACUUAUAUGUAAUUGGCGACUGAUUAAGCUUGUAAAUUUUUUCGAUGUCAUCACGCCGCACACGCCGCAUCGCUGACUAAAUUUAACCGGGAGAUGUAAACUUAUCAGGCACACAAAAAAACUUGAAAAAGAAAUUUCAAGCAAAAACUCAUAUGUUAGAUAGGAAUGAGUACUCUUUGUGUCACAUGUUAGGGGUUAAUGCCGUUCAUUAAUGUUUGUUUGUCCAGACAUCGACGAAUGCAGUGCUUCCUCUCCUGUAUGUAAUAUUAACGCAAACUGCUCCAAUACUCGUGGAUCUUAUUACUGCACUUGCAAGGCAGGAUUUACAGGCGAUGGAAAAACUUGCCAAGGUAAAUAAGAUAAUUAAGCUAACUUGAAUAGUUUCGUUCAGUUUAGUUCAGUUUAUUUCCCGUUACAGACUUUACACGGUUUACAGGAAAAUGUUGCUAUAGAUUUAAUAUGAAAGCUUGAGUAUUAUGGCCAAGUGAUACUAAUUAUGUUUAAAAUAAAUACAGGCGAUGAACCAGAAAGAGCAAAAUUAAAUAAAAAAAUAAAUAAACAAGAGCGUAAUACUAGAAGAGAUGUAAGAAACAGUGUUUUGAAAGAAGUGAGUUUAGGCAGAAUUAGGUAGUGCUAGAACUGGAUAUUUCCAUAAAGAAAGUGGUUUUUUAAUUAAAGUUGUUUUUCUUAGACACUGAUGAAUGCAAUGCUUCUUCUCCUGUAUGUGACAUCAACGCUAACUGUUCCAAUACUCGUGGAUCGUAUGACUGCACCUGUAAGGUAGGAUACACUGGCGAUGGAAAAACUUGCCAAGGUAGGAGAAAAUACUUAUUAAGCUAAUUUGAAGGAAAGUUAGUUUACUUUACUGCAGCUUUUCCAUCAGAGAUGGGGCAGCUCCUGGAGACGAGUGAUCAUUUAAGAUGGCGGCUAAUCUGAACGAGAUCGGCAAUCCGUCGAAUCAGACCGUGUUAAGUUCCUGGUAUUGGACAAUAUCGGAAUGUUGUGUACUACGCUUCUUUAAAGGGGUUGCCUAAAAAAACCGCAGCGUUUGAAGCCAGUUAUUCAACGAGAAGUGAUGUUUAAAUUACUCAGCACCAUCGUCAGUUGAAUGCCAUUAGAAAACUUAUGGGGGGUGGGGGGCGGGUGAAGUACAAAAAAAUAAUUCCGCAAGAGAAAAUUAAAUGAAAAAACAAAUUCGUACACGCUAACUAACCCUAAAAAAUGUUCAUGCUAUGGCCUAAAGAAAAAUUCAUACAAGGAAUUUGAUAACGAAAAAAAUUCCUGCGCCACCACAAUUACCAACCACCCCCUCCACCCCCCGUUCCCCAAAACUUAUAUCAGUCGAAUCGGCGACUGAUUCAGCUUGUUAAUUUUUUCGAUAUUUCAUCACGCCGUAUCGCUGACUAAGUUUAACCGGGAGAUGUAAACUAAUCAGGCAUACAAAAAAAACUUGAAAAAAGAAAUUUAAGCAAAAACUCAUAUGUUAAAUAAGAAUGAGUACUCUUUGUGUCACAUGUUUAACCUGAGAUCAGGCCCAAUUUGAGCGGUGCUCAUACAUUCUCUUUAACGGCUACCGCUGAAAUUGAAUUCUCUUUUCGUUUCGCCAUGCCCGCCGGAAUGUCAUUUACAAAACGAAACGAAAAUAGAGCCUGAUCUCAGGUUAUCACAUGUUAGGGGUUAAUGCCGUUGAUUAAUGUUUUUUUGUCCAGACAUUGACGAAUGCAGUGCUUCUUCUCCGGUAUGUCAUAUUAACGCAAACUGCUCCAAUACUCGUGGAUCUUAUUACUGCACUUGCAAGGCAGGAUUUACAGGCGAUGGAAAAACUUGCCAAGGUAGGAGAAAAUCCUUAUUAAGCUAAUUUGAAGGAAAGUUAGUUUACUGCUGUACCAUAAGAGAUGGGGGAGCUCCUAGAGACGUGUGAUGGCGGCUAAUCCGGUGACGUGCUCCAGACCUCGCGCACAAAUUUCUUAAAUUUCCUUCUUAACUUCAUCGACACAUUACCACCAGUAUUUUUUGACUAUUUUACCUACCGUUUCUGAGUAAAACUACCGCUGUGAAAAUGCUGUACAAGUAAAACAGGGCCUAUUAUGCACUGCCACGUCCUUGGCAGUGUGGAUUUGUAUCAUAAAACGUAUCGAGAAGGAUCUUUCCUCAAACCCUUUUCUUAUACAGAUGUGAACGAGUGUCAAACAGGAUCACACUCUUGCCAUGCUCAGGGUCAGUGUGUUAAUGUUCCUGGCUCCUACUCUUGUAAAUGUUUACCAGGCUACACGGGCGACGGAAAAAGCAGAUGUGAAGGUACAUAUUUCCAAAAUUUAAUAAGUAUAAAGGACUGGCCAUAAGUAUGGGGGGGUGUGCUGGGGACAGAGAAGUGGUGGGUUAUCAGUUUUUUCACCCAGUGGAAGAGGUGGGUCGAUCAAUUUUCAGCUAAUUAUAACCUUUGGUGGUCCGCAUAUCUAAUGGGCGGCACUGGUGAGAUAAUAAUGGGAUAGUUGGCCACAGUAACAAAACAUAAAACAAAGCAAUCUAAAACUAUUGCUUUGAAAUUUUUUUUAAACAUCUUGACUUCUGUCUUUUUUUAAAGGCAAUUUUAAUGCAAUAAAAUGUAUGAUGUUUGGUUUUUACAUUUCAUUGCUGUUUAACAUUCUGCUAACUUAGUAACCCUCGGACGUACAAACCAAGCGAACCACGUCGGCACGACGAUUAAUUACAUACGAUAGGCUUUUUUAUCCAAAUGUAAUCUUUUCAAGAAUCAAUUCCCAUAACCUGAAGGCUUUAUUGAUUGUGAUCAAUAAUAACAUAACUGGCUUUUACAGUCCUCUCAGUAAACCAGCGAUCUACCAACAGCCCUAACCCCUCCAUCAACUGUUGAUGUCCAUGCACGUGCUUUAAAUCGCUUUUGCCUUACACUUUUUUAACAGUUCCUACAAUGACGGCGACAAGCUCCUGCUCUAAUCUUCUUGUGCGUGACGCCAGCAAACCUAGUGGUACGAUCUACUCAACUCAUAGAUAUAGAGGCUCGGCAUACAGUAGUAAUAUGGAUUGUCGAUGGAAUCUAACUUCGAAUGCAGUGAUUGAACUUUUGUUCUACUAUUUCACCACCCAAUCGUCGACGGACUAUGUACGUGUGUACGAUGGUGACUCGAUCUCCGCACCUCUGAUUGGCGAAUUUAGUGGAAGCUCCCUCCCAGCGCCUAUCACAAGUUCGUCCACCAAGCUAUAUGUGCGGUUUACAUCUGAUGGCUCUUCAGAGUAUAGAGGAUUUAACGCGCGUUACCGAGGUAUUUUUAUUCGUAGACAAGAUGAAUAGAAAAAGCUCUGUGAUCUUUAUUAGCGGGCUCCCUGGUUAGUAUGAUAAAAACUUCCCAGCCGUACACACGAAAACGUAACAACAAUCUAACAAUAUUUAUUUUCGGUUCAACCAUUUGUGCGGAAUUAGACUUUGAUUGUAUAUCUAGCUGGAGUUUUGAAAACGUUAGCCAAAAACUAUCUCCAAAGUAGCCAAUAUAAAAGCUAACUAGGAUGGAACCAGUCCUUUUUUUUCUCUUCUCCUCCUUUCAGUUCUCCUCGUUCUUGCCCUUCUUAAGUAGAUUAUAGGCCUUGGUCUAAUUGGUUUUAUUACGUUUGGAAAAUGACUAUGGCUAUUACUGGCUAUUACUUCGGCACAGAGGAUGGAGGAGAAUCAAAAUUUGGCACAUAUAUAGAGAAUGCUUCAUGGAAAGUGCUGGCGUACGGUAUUUACGCACGAGUUGUUGACGUAUCAGAAAUCGAACGAGUGAGCGCAGCGAACGAGUAAGAUUUCUGAUACAAAAACAACGAGUGCGUAAAUACCGUACAAAGCACUUUCCAUGUGGUAUUGUGUUUAUUAUAUACAUACUGAGUCAUUCAUCAUUUUGCGGGCCUUUUUAUUUUAAAUCUUUCAAAAAUGCUAAAAUUUGCCGCUACACACUUACCGCAAAAUGACAACGAAAACGAAGUAUCAGCUUUUUAGUUAAAACGUUUGUUAAAAACAUAAAUGACGGUGAGGAUAUGAGGUUUAAUCCAAGAACUAUAAGUAAUCUUAACUGUUUGUUCUCAAUGCACAAUUGAAAAUGAGUGAAUUUAAGUAAAAUGGCCGGUUUCAAUAUAAGCUUAAGCUUAAAUGAAAGGCAAAGUAGCUCCGACAAAAAGCACAACAAAAGCUUACGUCUCGUUCUGUUUAUCCCUUUCCGCUGUUGUUUCACCGGCUCUCUACCGUAUUUUUUUAUCGACAGUGAAACAAACGAAACUAUUCCACUCCAUUUCCGAAAUGUUUUUCACUUUUUUAGCGAGAAAAACUCCUUGAGUAAAACUUUUCUCGUUGAUAAAUGUGUGCGAAGCGGCGCUGCAAGCUGCAAUAAAAGGCGGGAAUUUUGGCGCGAAACUCCUACACCUCUGUGGCUUCUGAUUGGACGUAUCAUUUUUCUCACACGUGAAAAAACAUCGUUCGCGAUUCUGAUUGGACGUAUCGUUUUUUUCACGUGUGAAAACCAUCGUUCGCUCCUCUGAUUGGCUAUAACUAAUUUGCGUACGAAAAUUUACGACAUAGCUUUUUGGUGAGUAUUUCUCAGUAUGUAUAUAAUAAAAAAAAUCCUUGUCCUUAACAUAAAGUAUAUAAAUGCUGUGUUAAUACGUCAUGUGAUAUGUCACGUGGCCAGUUUUUUUUUUAAUCUUAAAUAAUUGACAAACUGGUAACGGGUUUAAGGAAAGAAAUCAAGUAAUUGAUAACAUUUUUCUCAUUCAUAUUAAAUAUUUCUAACACUCAAAGUCAAAGUUUAUUGAGAGAAAAAAAAAAAAAGUAUUCAAGGAUAAAGACAAUAGCACUAGCCUGCAAAAUUGCUAGUGCUAAUCUAGGCGGGUAGUGGAGAGACUAUGUACAGUGUAAAUUUAUUAUUAGUAAGUUCUACAUAAUUAAUAAGCUAAAAAAAUAUAUAUAUAUAGAUAUAUAUAUAUAUAUAUAUAUAACAAGCCUGUUUCGUAGGCCACCGAAAAGGUGACCCACUCUUCAGUUAAACUCCAUUAUAACACUGAAGCGUCAGGGUCUACAUCAAGAAAAGUGAUCGCGUGAUAAAAACGGUUACAUAUAUAUAUAUAUAUAUAUAUAUAUAUAUAUAUAUAUAAUAUUAAUAAGCUAAAUAUAUAUCUAGCCGGAUUUUUGGAAACGUUAUCGCCAAAUGGACCUUUUCCGUCCAACAGUUUUUUUCGGUCAAAAACUAUCUCCAAAUAGCCACUAUAAAAACUGCAAAGACUGCAACCAUUGUUUCUUCUCUUCUCCUCUUUCCGUCUCCUCACUCUUUCUUUUUCUCCUUUCCUUUUCUUUCGUUAUUGGCUUAAGAAACCUUCCUUUUGACGCCUUUUCACUCAUACGGCUGCAAAUCUCGUUAGGUUGGUUUUCAAAAAAUAAACAUGAUAUAAAGAUGUGCGAAUAGAUAAUCGAUGUUAAGAGCGACUCCGCGUAAAUAUCAACUAAACGUGGAAAUAGUCAAAAAAUGACCUGGCCUCAAACUCAGCCAGAAUAAAGCCCUAUGGGCCCUAGUUACAAAAUCGUUGGUUUAAGUACGAUCGAGUGAAUAAUAUUUUUUUCACGAAUUUUUUUCUUCCCGAGGCCUAAAAUGGGCAAAAAUCAUGCGAAAUUAGAGUCAUAUUCAGUAACUCAUAAAUUUUAAAAUAAAGUUGGCAACUAAAAUAUAAUGACACCUCGUAUUUUUUCUAUCAUUCCUCUAUAAUUUUAACUGAUUAGUUCGCGAUUUGGUCGACAAGAGGUUUUUAAAGAAAUUUUCAAAGUUGUUGACUCAAAAUCGCUUAAUCAUCUGUCAAAAUUUAGCACUUUUUCACGAGCUAAAAAAGCGGAUUGGUACAUGGCUUUGAACACCAAGGCUUGUUUAGUCUGAAAGAGCAUUCUUUUUUCUUCAAAUUAGCGAAAUAAAAUUUUUGGGUAAAUGAAAUCACGAGCGCUGACAAAGUCAAGCAAACGUAAAUAUUACACUAAAAACGGGCGAAAAAACGUGACCUCUGAACGAAGCACAACCAAAUGCGAAUUACGGUAGGCGCCAAACCUUUAACUUCUUGAGACAAUAUUGGUCCGAAAUGUGUACAGAUUUUUUAAAUAAAGCUGAUUUAAAGUAUUAAGUGUCAAAAAGUCCACAAAGCAGUAAAAAAUACAACAAAAGUCACGAGUAAUCUGUUCCGUGUUCUGAAUUUUACGCAGCGAUUUAUGCGAUUUAACGAAUUAACAAGUUUUAAUCCAACGAUACCCACCUGAGACUGUGUUAGUUUAAGAGUCCAUAGAACUUCUCAGACGAUUCCUCGGAAAGACCUCCAGAAGGAAAUGAAUGAAAAAUUUGAACUUAUAACUGUGACAAUUUCACUUGCCGCAACGGCAAAACGAAAACAACUGUCUAACUGCCACAGAGCAACCAGCUUUCAGUGGAGUCAUGCAAAGCAUGUCACGUCACGUAAUUCUGCCCCGCGCAUUUGGGAAGGAGGGAAGAAAUUCUUCCAUGCUGUGCGCUAAAACAUUUAUAAAAAAAAAUCAUGCUUUGGAAUGUAUCUUUUGCAACUAGUUAAAGAAAAGAAUAACUUUUGCCCCUGUUUUUGCUCGAGGGGCGCUGUGCACUUCUUUUAUUUUAUCUGCUGUUUACAAUGAUUGUGUUUCAAGUUCAGAACGUGCAUCUACAGCUAGCAAUUGGUGUGUUCGGAUUUAUACCGAAUGCUGUAGAAAGAAUAUCAAAGGGCACCAAAGCAGUGGCGGAUCCAGGGGGAGGGUCGUGGGGGUGGGGGGUCCGGACCCCCAUCAGAGCCGAUACUUGUUUGAGACUAACAUCCUUACAACGAUAGAAUUCCAUGUCACUGUUUAACUGGCUGAAUUUUUUAACGAAACGCGUGUUGUAAUUUUCCAGUAAACUAGCUUCCAGGGAUAUUAAAAAAUGUGAUUGUAAUUGGUUACCCUCCAAUGAUCCGUUCGCUUCUGCUCGCAAAGCAGUAUUUCCCGCGCCAGUGGCGACUGGCUUUCACAGAUUGAGAAACACGUAGUCGUCUCUGCCUUCUCAGUGACUAGUGGGAGGGGGUGUGGGGGAAAAGUAAUUUGCUACAAAAAAGUUCAACAGUCCUUUCUGAACCAAAAUUUGGACCUUCUUCUCCCCCCCCCCCCGAAGAAAAAUUCCUGGAUCUCCCCCUGGCAAAGAUGUUACUCUGAGUUCGGAGCCAAUCAAGGCUUAUGCUGGCGCGUGCUAGUAAAUCAAUUUUUUUCGAGUUAAGAGGCUCACUUGUAGGACGAAAAACAGCAUAAUUUUAUUUAUGUAAUAUCAAAAUUGUGCCUGAUCAUGUGUAUCCUAGAGGAACAAGAGACAUAUUUGUUGCGAGCGUUUCUAAUCAUUCGGUUUCCUGUGUUUCGGUGGUUCCUUGCGUUGAAACAUCCCGACUAAAAGCCAACAACAGGGAAUGAGCUCUUCGGAAGCCAAUGAACUAGUGGCCACAUUCGGAUCUCAAAAAAAGAUUUGGACAAGUUGAAAGGACAAAAUCGAAGGAAGUGAUCGGCGAAAAGAGAAAAGAAAGCCAGUACAAACAAACGAAAACACAUGAUAUCAUUUUUUCCGAUAUUAGUCCGUUUGUAACACGAACCUUUGUUGUGGGCUGAUACUGUGGGGUCGUUACCAAAAUUGAAUUUAAAACUAAAGUACAUAAUUAUAAACAUAAUCAGUGGUUACAAAGGCAGUCUAAUAAACCUGAACUGACGCAAGUAAGGAACCAAAAAUAACGACCUGGCCCUAGUUGAUCAAACGUCAUUUUUCUAACGGAGUGCGGAACGAAAUUUUUGUGGGAGUUUAUUUUUGCAGAUUAGCGGUUUUUUGUGUUUUGUGAGAACUAAUUUUUGCGAUUAGGACAGACUGUUUUUUCUUGCUGGGGAUCAAUUUUUGCGAUUUCAGAGAGUGCCUAGUACCCAGCACUGUUAAUAUUGUCGUUUUUAUUGAGUACGUGCAAUAGAAAUACAUAUUUUCAAACAAUACUAAGUGUGCGUCAGUAUUUUUCUGAAAAAAAGAGACCAGUUGUGAUUGAACAGACUGUACUACUGUAUGUACUGUAUUCUUUUGUAAUGAAUUUAAGUUAGAGCAUACAGUAUUUCCUCUGGAGUAAGUUUUUGCGGGAAAAGAUUGUGCGGUAAUUUUUAUUUGCGGAAACUUAUUUUUGCAAAGUACUGACAGUCAUGAAUUCAGCCGUGAGUGAAAUAGUGAAAAUGACAAGAAGACAGAGGGGAAAAAAUAAUAACAGAUCAGUCCACUGGGUUUAAAAUUGUUUAGUCUGGCACUUUUGUGUAAGCAAACGGGAAUGACUUUUUUAUUUGUUCUGGAGGGAUGAAUUUUUUUUAAAAGCACGGUUCAUAGCAAAAAUUUGCCAAAAAUUUAACUGAGAGCCAUUGCUAGAUUCUAUAGCAUUUUUUCUCGUUCCUUUUUUUUCUAGUUCUGUUUGGUCACAUGAACCGUAAUGUCAACUUUUUAAGUUAAGAUAGCCAUGUUUAGGCUGUUGUGGACAUGUCUCAUAUUAUCUCAGUCGUGACAGAUGAAACCUUUAUUACUCUUGGGUUCAAAUGUUAUUACGGAUAGACCUUUAUUACACUUGGGGCCAGUUAUUACAUUUGUGCCUUCCACAAGUUCCACUGACAAGAAAUCCGGAUCCCUGAAGUGAAUUUGGCCUAAGAGGCAACCAAACAUUUAGCCUCCUUGAUGGCAUUUUCAGGGGAGUCAUAUUUUCCCAUUUAUACAAGUCUGUAAAUAAAGCGAAGGUCAAAUGAGAAAAUUGAGGUUAACGUUGUUGAGACCAAAGAUGAAAAAAAAAAUUCCCACUUUUCGUUUGUGCGGAUGCUCAUCAAGUCCAAGAUUAUAUCGGCGGAAGAGGCACCUUUGCCCUCAAGCGAGGGCAAAGAUGAAACAGUCCAAAGCUAGUUUUAUUUCAUAAAUGUUUCAGGGCACAGCGUGGAAGAAUUUCUUCCCUCCUUCCCAAAUGCGCGGGGCAGAAUUACGUGACGUGACAUGCUUUGCAUGACUCAACUGAAAGCUGGUUGGCCUGUGGCAGUUAGACAGUUGUUUUCGUUCAUUGUCGUGGCGGCAAGUGAGAUUGUUACAGUUAUAAGUUCAAAUUCUUCAUUCAUUUCCUUCUGGAGGUCUUUCCGAGGAAUCGUCUGAGACGUUCUAUGGACUCUUAAACUAACACAGUCUCAGGUGGGUAUCGUUGGAUUAAAAUUGUUAAUUCGUUAAAUCGCAUAAAUCGCUGCGUAAAAUUCAGAACACGGAACAGAUUACUCGUGACUUUUGUUGUAUUUUUUACCGCUUUGUGGACUUUUUGACACUUAAUACUUUAAAUCAGCUUUAUUUAAAAAAUCUAUACACAUUUCGGACCAAUAUUGUCUCAAGAAGUUAAAGGUUUGGCGCCUACCGUAAUUCGCAUUUGGUUGUGCUUCGUUCAGAGGUCACGUUUUUUCGCCCGUUUUUAGCGUAAUAUUUACAUUUGCUUGACUUUGUCAGCGCUCGUGAUUUCAUUUACCCAAAAAUUUUAUUUCGCUAAUUUGAAGAAAAAAGAAUGCUCUUUCAGACUAAACAAGCCUUGGUGUUCAAAGCCAUGUACCAAUCCGCUUUUUCAGCUCGGUCAACAACUUUGAAAAUUUCUUUAAAAAUCUCUUGUUGACCAAAUCGCGAACUAAUCAGUUAAAAUUAUAGAGGAAAGAUAGUAAAAAUACGAAGUGUCAUUAUAUUUUAGUUGCCAACUUUAUUUUAAAAUUUACGAGUUACUGAAUAUGACUCUAAUUUCGCAUGAUUUUUGCCCAUUUUAGGCCUCGGGAAGAAAAAAAUUCGUGAAAAAAAUAUUAUUCACUCGAUCGUACUUAAACCAACGAUUUUGUAACUAGGGCCCAUAGGGCUUUAUUCUGGCUGAGUUUGAGGCCAGGUCAUUUUUUGACUAUUUCCACGUCUAGUUGAUAUUUACGCGGAGCCGCUCUUAAGGACUGAAAGGAAGAAAGUGGGUAAAUAAAGCUACUUUGGACAUACAUCUUGAAACUUAUCUAUACGGGUGGGUAUACCAACAUAAUUAUCCUCUCCCUUAACGUUUGGAAUGGCUGCCCAUUGCACUUUCGUAAAAAUUAUGAGGGAAAACAUCAUUUUAAAUGCUCAAAAUUAAUCUUUAAUUCUUAGAACUUUAAUUCUAAACUUUGCGUACAUUCACUCCAAACGUAGAAAAUAAGUAUGUGUACAGUGUAUCAGAAACACCAAUUUAUUUAUCCAAACAAAGUAAAUUCGCCACCAAUUCGCCAAUUUCCUUCAUUUUCAAUUUUUGGUCGCGUGACAUUUUACGAGACCAUAAUUUUAAGGCACAAGUAGACCUCAAGUCUGCCCAGAUCUUAAACCCUUGAGUUUUUACUUUCUUUCUCCUUCGUUAGUGUGAUAUUUGGCCAUAUCACUCGACAAAUGACUGCAAAAAUUGCUGGGUUGAUUUUCAAAAAUUCCGCUAGAUAUGUAAAAAGCUGUAAGCGAAGAAUAGCUAAAUAUGUUUAGAAGGUAAAACCAGAUACCCCGAAUCCCGAGAGGAAACACAGGACAUAUUUAAUGAACAAGUCGACCCUAGCGACAAAAGUUCCCCCGCCCCUGACCUUUGACCCCACUAAAACGGACUUUUAGAAAGCGUACGUUAUAAAAAAAACGGUGUAAAGUUUUAAACCCAGUUUACCUUUUAUUUGAACGCUAGCUGUGACAUCCGGUUCAGUUCGUCUCAAAGAUGGCACUCCAUUGGCUGGAAGAGUUGAAGUGUUCUAUGAUGGUCAGUGGGGAACAGUUUGCGAUGAUGCUUGGGACAUAAAUGACGCUAACGUGGUCUGCAGACAGUUGGAUUUGUCGCAGUCAGCUACUAACGCUUGGAGCAGCGCCUAUUAUGGUCAGGGCUCCGGUCCCAUAUGGAUAGAUGACGUGGCCUGCUCAGGUAGCGAAUCACAUAUCUACGAUUGCAGACACCGUGGAUGGGGAAACAAUGACUGUACACACAGCAAAGAUGCUAGUGUGCAGUGUUCUGCUAACAUUCGUUUGGUGAAUGGCAGUGUUAAUUAUGGCCGAGUUGAAGUUUAUCACAACGGCCGAUGGGGCACAGUCUGUGAUGAUUACUGGGGUACCAAUGACGCUAAUGUGGUUUGCCGUGAGCUCGGUUUCCCCAGUGCGUCCUCGGCACUAUGCUGCGCGCGAUAUGGCCGAGGAUCUGGCACUAUCUGGAUGGAUGACGUCCAUUGCAAUGGAACAGAGGUUUCAUUGUUUCACUGUACACGUAAUGGUUUGGGAACACACAACUGUGUCCAUAGUGAGGAUGCAAGCGUGGUCUGUAACACUUAAAUGAACUGUUUGCGCAUGGGGCCAUGCUUAAUUUGGAUUCAUAGAAAUUCAAAUGUGUAUCAUGCCUAUUAUGUUAACACUGAUUCUAAAAAGUCUAAAAAGCCCUUACGUG